CUCAAAUAGACACCUAGGGCCAAAACAAACUACUCACCCUCCAUCAUAGAUUUAAUCAUGGCGGAUCGUUCAGCGACAAUCUUCUCAACGGUGAAUUGCUCAUCGUCAGAAGUGGUGAGGAUAACGGUCUGCUUCUUCUCGGCCAUUGUUGCAGAUAUCGACUUUGUUUCGGAAAGGAGAAGUAGUGAGUAGACUCGUACUAGAGAUGCGUGAAGGGAAGGUGUUACAAGAAGAAGAAGAAGGAAGGAAGGGCAAAGGUUCGAUAGAAUGACGGCUGGCGGAUAGCCCAGCGGGCGUGGGUAGAGCGGCAGCACGUAAGCAACAACGGCGACGAGCGCAUAUGCCAAAUACGGCGCGCGCCUAAACCGUUAACCCUCUGGGUGUCACUCUCCCGCUUGCCUUUUUGCCUCCAUUCAAGCAGGCGCGCCUUAUCUUUGGAAGCAAAUCAAGAAGGCGCGAUAGGCUGUGGCCGGAAGUGCUUUUUUGGCCAUCCAUUUUGCCCAUCUUGGUAAUUUGUACCCGGACUAGCUGUGCUGUCUCUGCAAGAAACAAGAAGCUGCAAGCGGCUAAUGUAGGAAGACGCUCAGGAUGAGCUCCUAGCUAUGCAUAAGAGGUAAUAGGCUCUCCUUAUCGUAUAAUUCGCUCAUGGAUCCAUGCAAAGGAGCGGGCGCGAAAAUAGAAUAAAAGAACAAAAGGACACGAAUGAAGCACCUCGGUGGGGAUCUCUCGUUACUCCAUACGUCCCUGACAAGAUGACUAUUAGCCUCCACAUUUUAUAUUCCAUGUAUGCAUAAUUAAUCGCAGAUUGCAAGUAAACAACCACAUGCUUGCCUAGUCCUCAACACGUACAUAGCAAGCAAGAGCAACAGCCCCGUUGGCUGCUAUAACAACCGUCAAUAGAAGACCAACCCACGCAACUUAAUUGUUCCCAAGCGUCCCGUUCCUCUUCGCUUUUCGCCGAAAACUACCCUGCCGAGUGCAACACUCAGCGCAAUCACUCUCAAGUAUCUUCUCAUCUGCUCGCCCUCGAAAGCCCGUCGUCCCUGGCCUCUUCCGAAUAGAGAGUGAACAUUGCACGUUUGGUACCUCGCCCCGACAUCUCUCUUUGCCACACCCCACCACAUUACUAAUCAUAUCAUUAGAACGCGAGAUCUAUUAUUAGUCACCGGUGGCAGGAAUUUACUAUCUUCCGUGUUUUGAGACAAAAUGUUCAAUCAAAAUGUGUCAACAGGACAACAAGCAGGGUCUUCUGGCCAGUCCCAACCUGCAGGAUUACGAUUCCCGUCAGUACUAAGCGGGCAACCGUCCGGUAUGCCAACUUCCGACUUCCCUCUCCAACAGGCCUCAUUACAGCCUUUGCCUUCACCACCCAACUCAUCUCAUCUCCAAUCAGCAUCUCAAACUGUCCCAUCCAGUAUUCCUCCAGGAGUGAGCCCUUCAUAUACGCUGUCACCUUCCUCUAUGGCACUCGCUUCCCCUGGGGUGAACAGGAGCAGCAAUUCCACUUCUGAUCAGGCGGGCCCUUUAAAAACGAAAAGCAGCCCAGAAGAAUCGUCGCAACCGGAGAAGCCUACCAAGAAAAGAAAGAAGAAGGGCAGUGACGCUGAUGGAGACGAGAAGAAAAAGACAAGGCCCAAGACUGGAAGAGCCUGCGAUGCCUGUCGUUCAAGGAAAAUCAGGUGUGAUAUUCAGACGGAUCAAUCAACAGGGAACAAGUUCGGCCAGACUGUAUGUGCGCACUGCAGGGCCAACGGUCUAGAGUGUACAUUCUUCCUUCCCAUAACAGAAACCCGUUUCAAGAAGAAGACUAUUCAGCCAGAUAUAAAUCCUGAUUUUCGUCAUUCACCAGCAAUGGUUCAAAAGCGUAUAUCUGCUAGUCAUAGUCCCAAUUAUGAGAAUAUGACUGGGGAAAGAGAAAGGGACGGUCCAGGUACUGGCAGAAUAGAAGGCCCCACAUCUAUAUCCUUUCUACUUCAUACCAGUGUCCCCGCCAUUCAGUCGGAAGCCUACGAUCUACGGCAUCACAAUUCUUGGGAAGUCUUAGAAGACGGUAAUGGCUUUAUCCGCGUCAACGCUCCUCCCACAGCUACAGGCUACGCCGAUGCCGACCCGCAAGACCCUACAAAGGCCCACAACAGACUUAACAAACCUGUUCUCUCGGCGCAAACCAUGUCACUUUUGGUCAAUACGUACUUCGACGAAGUGGCACCGAUAUUACCUAUCAUCUCCCGAGCCGAAUUUGCCUCAAAGUCAAAUCCGAGCCCGCUAAUGCUUUACUCGAUCUGUGGAUUGGGCGCUACGAGACGGCAAUUUCCGAAAGAGCUCUUUACUGGGGUUAGGGGUGUGAUCAAUGGGAUUUUGCGAUCGAAUGAUAUCUUGAGCGAUGCACGGAUUGAGAACGUCCAGGCAUUGUUGCUGUUGGCUCAGGUCGGUGAUUUACAUGCUCAACCCUCGGCACCGACUGCCAGUGCAUCGUUGAUAAGAACUGGUGCUGCUAUCAAAAUGGCUCAAGACCUUGGUCUCCAUCGAGAACUUUCCCACCGUACAGAAUCUACACAAGAUCUCAUGUUUAUCGAACUCCGACGUCGAAUCUGGUCAGCAUGCGUCAUCAUGGAUAGAUGGUACGGUGCUGCACUCGGUAUCCCUUUGACUGUCGAUAUUCUUGACUGUGAUGUCCUUCUUCCCGCAUCAUAUGAGAUUAUUCCCGAUGUUGAACCUUCCAAAUGGCCUAUAGAGAUUAGCUAUAUGGGUCUCACGGAGCAUCUUAAGUUGUCGAUCUUGAUGGGACGGGUAUUGAAGACGGUGUAUAGUCCGACGGGGUUAAAGAACACGACAGAUAUAAUUUUGGGGCAGCUGGUAUCGGAUUUGGAUCAGUGGUUUGAGAAUAUCCCAGAACCAUUGAAAUUCAAGGGCAAUUCAAGUUCAUCAGUUGAGGGAUUACUCUUCAUGGCCUUUGCCGCUGUCCAAUUCCUCUUCUGGCGGGUUUUUAUGCGUCUCGACUACCAAUGCCCUCCCCACCUCACUUUCACCCUAGAUAUAAGCAAAUGGACCCAACUCGUCAUUUGGUCCCGCCAAGCGCUCGAAUGGCUGGACGCGAACGAUUCUAUGUUGGACACUGUAUUCAUCUAUCCUUACGCCGCGACGAGUUGUGCGCUUAUUCAGUAUCAUACGUGGGCGAGGAGAGGGGAUCUGGAGGCGUUAGAAACUUUGAAGAAGGUGAAGGGAACGGCGGUGAGGUGGGAAAGGAUUGCUCAGCCAGAUCAAAUGAGUAUCCGCCGAAAGACUUGCGAAACCAUGACUCUUCUAUACGAAGCUGCACUUAAAACUAACCCCGCUGGCAAAGACAAACCUCGACCCUCUGGUAACCCCACCGCCGGCGUCCGGCUCCGCAAAGAACCAGCCAGGCUCAUAUUCGUCAAAGACCCAUCAAGGCCUGGCGGAGGUUUCUAUGUUGCAGAUAGCGAGAAGGAAAAGGCAACGUCCGGAUUGGGGAACGGCGAUAUCAUGCUAGCUUCGGAGCUUACUCCCCGAUCUCAACAGGGGCUUACUCCCAAUGAAAGGGAACCUUCUCAGUCAACAAAUGUUCAACCAUUUGAGUCCCCAUCACUACCGCAAGGCGCUCAAAACAUGGGUACUCGAACCCAAGCCCAAUCUGUCCAGCAGCCGUUCAUACAGGCUCAUACGGAUGAUCUGGGACAUAUAAUCGGUGUGGAUGAAGGUGUCCUGCAGAACAAUCAGAAUGUCAAUCCGGAGCUUGGCCCGGGCGAGCUGGGUCAGGCAAUGGACUUUGGAUAUCAGGUGGCCCAUGCAGCCGGAGACACGACGAGUGUCCUCGACCCAAGUUUCUUGGAUAGUCUCCCACUGAGCACGUUCGAUUGGGAUAGCUGGUCGACAUACUUUGACAAGUUUUUGCCAUCUGCGAGUAACAGUUUCGAGACUAUGCAAUAGUCGUUUUUUCUAGAUCGGGAACAUGAACAGGAAAGGAAAGAGGGUCUUUUUAAGGAAGGCGUGAGCACUGUCAUAUCAUAUUCAUAAUUAUCCUUUACUUGAGUUGUAACACGUACUUGAAA